AUGACUUCACUGACAACCACGGAUCGAUCAAUUGACCAGACGGCGGAAGCGGGUUUUGGUCUCUACCCGACCACGCCACCUACCCCACCGAUAGUGCUGUCUCGGGUAAUCAGUAGUCGCCGUGUCGGCGAGGGGAGCUCCGAAGAGGACUAUGCGAAGAGGUCACUGAACCUGUCUCAACUUCAUCAGUGGUACGCAAAUGUUUCGGAGCCCAUCCAGGAGGGUGCCACUCAGGACUGGUAG